UCUUAUAUUUAUUUUACAGUUUCCCAAUUUUCUUCCCGUGCGAAGAGAGAGCAAUGGAGAAGGGAAUCUAAUGGCACAUCAGUUUUCCCCCGUCUCCUCCGUCUACUGCAAGAACAGUACCGGAAGAGGGAGAAUCAAAUUCUUCAAUUUCUGUUGAGAUUAGGUUUUGCAAUUUCGCUGUUGUUGAUUUUGAACGGAUGUUAGACUGAUAUUGAAUGAGGUAUUGCUGAGCACAAAUCAAUCUGUGUAGUUUGCGUUAAGAAAAUCUCAAUGAUUCGAAAACGGUUCCAAGAGGCUAAAACAGGUAUGCAACUGGUGAAAUCGUUGAGAGCCGAGAGGUUCUUGAAGAAAGUUGGAUUGGGUAGAGAGGAUCGUUACUUCUGGAAGCAAAUUGGCAAGGCUCUGUUGUGUACGUAUACUCUGAUCGGCGUUGCAUGGCUUUACAACGAAACAUCACCAUUUGGUUGGUGGACGCUGAAGCCACGGUCUAAGGCAGAGAAAGAUUUGGCUCACCUCUAUGAGCGGCGGGAAUUUCCAUAUCCAGGUGAUGAAGAAGCUAUGGAGGAGUUCAUUGCCAAGGGUGGAAUGAUCGGAACUGCCAUCGGUCCGAAGGGGAUGCUUGAUUUUGAUAAAGAUUCUUACAACUAUCAGAAAGAACUACAGAACAAGAAGCUUGAGCAAGAGGCCCAGAAGCUAUGGUUCAGGAUGAGGAAUGAGGUUAUUUCAGAGCUUCAGGAGAAGGGCUACGAUGUCGAGUGAGGUGACAAUACUGAUGGAUUGUUGAAUAAGGAGUCAGUCUUCGAUGUAGAUAUGCCAAUGGUUUCUAAUGUUGAUGUUAGUGUGGAGAAUAUGAAUAUAUCUGAGGUAGAGGUCAAUGUCGUUCAAGGUGACUCACUCAACGAUCAACAUUUGAUGAUCAUAGAGAUAGAGUCGAUGAUGAACGAAGAAUAACAUAUUGAUAAAGGAUCGUUGGAACAGAAUCACCCGACAAUUAAAGGUGAACCUUGUACAGAUUCAAUGGCAAGUGGUGAACACCAAUCGUAGAAAAAGGAAGCGUAUCCCACAGGGAUCGAUCAACCCCAUCGUCAUCACAUUUAAGUUCACCUCAUCUGUAGAGAAUGUCUAGGUUGGUAACCUGUUUUAUGCGAAAAAAGAUUUAUGUAAGAAACUGUCUAUCAUUAUUAUGAAGAAAAAUUUUGAAUUUCGUUGUCAAUAAAUCUACAACGAAACUAUAUGUUGUAAAA